AUUUCAUUGGUAUAUUAUAUAUAAUGGGUGAGUAGUAUCAAUAUAUUGCGGUAUGUAAACAUCCAUAGGAUCCUUGGCUAUUAUAGGUCCUGUUCUUUAUAUGGAAAGAUGAAAUUACUAUUCAUUUUUUUAUUUUCGCAAAUUCCCCGUGCUUAUACUGAUAAUUCGUUUAAAAGAUAUCGCAACAACAAGGCAAUACAAAAUGGUCGAUUCACCCAGGCAACACUAAAGAGUGGAAACGACGACGAAAAGGGUGUAAUGUCCCUGCUUUUUCACGGACCAAUCGCGCCGCGACAUAUUAACCUGGGUCUGGAAGACUCAAAUAAGGGUGUCGCCGGCGAAAUUGAACUUGGAGAAGACGAAACACAUCUAGAGAAUACACUAAAUAGAAUAGAAGAAAAUGAGCAAAAUCAACUAGACGCUGUGCAAGAAUCCUUGUACCUUCAAAAUGAACAACUUGAACAAAUACACAACUUUCUAACCUCUUAAA